AUGGUUGACUUCACCCUCUCCCCAGAGCGAGCACAACACCAUCCGUGGCAUGACCAAAUCCUGUUGAGGGGCACGGGUUUGGGCCUGACACCAUUAUUCAUCGGAGGAACACCUGUUCAGCAUGAGGAAUUCUUGAAACCGUUUCUGAGUGGUGAAGAGGAGCCAUUGACGUCUCAUAUACAUUCGGAACCAGGAGAUCCUGCGAAUUAUCUGGAGAAGAGAGGGAAGGGCCUGCAGACAACCGCAAGGAAGGAGGGCGAGGAUAGGAUUGUGAAUGGAGAUAAUUCAGGCCAUUCAUCAACAGCUGGCCCACCCACUCGCUUCGCUGGAUUCUGCGCGCCAGUGCGCAAUAUCCUCGUAGCACCUGGAAAGGGCGCUGCGAGCGUGGCAGCGUCUUUCACCUCUCCGGCUUGUUUGGUAGGUGCCAUGUCUGUUGGCGUAAUGCCUGCAGCGUUCGAGGCGGCUCUUCAGUUUGGCAAAACCAGACCUGAGAGCAGAGGCACUGGCACUUCUGAGCAGACAAAGUGUCCUGACCUCUUGAUGGAUAUUAAGAUGAGGACCGAUGCGGCUAGAUUCUUGACGUGGAAAACCGCUAAUGCGUAUGAUAAUGGGCAUGGGCUUGAACUUUGCUUGGAUGCCAAGAUCUUCUGCUCAGAUCUUGCCGUAAAGUCGGUUGUCGAUGCAAUGUCAGCCGUGGGGAUGUCCUCAAAUGACAAGGACACGGUCUUUCCAUCGUUGUUGAACGAUGCGAUGUGUCUGCCACGCUUCGAUGGGGGAAAUGUUGGGAUGAGAAGACGCGGACUGGAGAAAUUGAUGGUGGCGGAUGGUUAUCAACCGUGGGGUUCGACCUUCGAAUGA